UGGAUGAGUGAGCCAUCCAUGACAAAAUAAACAAAAUAUUUGUAGGAACUAGUUUUCUUUUAAGCUUGCCACAUGAUAAUCAGCUUCACCAGAAUUACCUUUUUUCAUAUGUCAUUUCAAUACUUUCCACCACAAAAAAAGCCUAUAUUACUGGCAGUAAAAUUGGCAGGUGAAGUUUCAAUGCCCAUCCUCUCCUCUUCGAGGCGCAGUCAUCUUGCAUUUCUCAGAGUAGGAAGUGCAGCUUGCGGUAACAGUGAAUUGAAAGUACGCCAUAAAUAUGGCGCCAAAAGAGUUUUCAAGCUGAUGAUAAGAGCUGAUUUUUCUCUGUGUUGUGUUUUUUCUUCUUCUCUGGAGGUGGGAGGGAGAGAUUGAACCCAAAGACCUGCCAGUGAAUUUGUGCAGAGCGGUGUGUGCACGUCAGUACACCGGGCAGAGGAAGCGAGGCAAGGCAGCAAGUGAAGACGAGGAGAACUCAAUGUUUUAUUUUUGAAGGAGGGACGUUGCGAAACUGGCUUGCAAUCUUUUCUGACUCAUCGUUUGGAAAUAAAGCAUCCUUUUUCUUUUUUUUCACGCCACCUCCUCUUGCUUCCCCGUCACCUCCUUCCUUUACCGCUUGGCACCGGAGAGGAAAACACCGUCGGAUUUUGACACCACGUUUGGGCAGCUUUUUUGCAAAAUGCGACAUGCUUUCCUGUGAGAGGUAUGUUGUGCGCACCUCGCAGCCUGCUAACCCGUGAGCAGCAGCAGCAGGACCACCACUGUGUUUGUUGUUGUUGACUUGCAACUCAGUCUGGCUGCCACUUUGGGAUUUUAUUUCGGAUUUUUGCUCUCGGUGGCCGGUCUUUGCAGGGCUGACGUGCUGUCAACACGCACAGUGAGGGGGAGGGAAGGGAGGGGAAGGGACAGUCCUGUCACCCAACGUGGAUCCAGAGUCGGGGCUGUUUAGCAGCACUGCUAGCAGCCUGCCAGGGCACCGGGUGGGCAAAACUGAACUCCUGCUAAACCCCUCCACUGUAAAACUACAUGUGCCUGGCUCCCAAUGAUCUCCUAAUCUCUGGGAGUGUGGACGUCUCUGCAUCCGAAGCUGACUGCUAUCAAGAUGGAGAGCGAAAAGAAGAGGAGGAAAUACUCCACGAGCAGCAACGACUCCGACACCACCGACAGUCAGAUGACGUCGUGGUCGAGGUCAUCCAAGAAUACGGUCACCAGCAGCACAUGGGUCCGCCUCCAGCACAAGAAACCAUCAGAGGUAUUUCGUACUGACUUCAUCACGGCCAUGAAGGUGCCGGACUCGGCCCAGCUCGGCCCGGGUGAUUUCUACGUGCUCUCGGACCCGUGGAGACAGGAGUGGGAGAAGGGGGUGCAGGUCCCUGCCAGCCUGGAGGCCAUCCCAGAGCCUGUUGUCAGGUUGCUGUCGAUUGAUUCGUCGGACGUUUUUUCAGACAACAUGCAGGAGAAGGGGAGCAUCACCCAGCCCUCCCCCCACCCAGGCCUCCCCCCACCCAGCGCUACAGCUGCUACGACCUGGACGACCUGGAUGUCUCCUGGCUGGAGCUGGUCAACAACGAGUUCAGACAGAUGGCAUUACCAGAGCUGGACGGAGCUGACAAUGGAGUGUGUCCUGGUGGAGCUGGAGAGGCAUCUGCGAGGAGAAGAUGCGGCAGGCCAUCGAGGCGGAGGAAGGCCUAGGCAUCGAGUACGACGAGGACGUGGUGUGUGACGUCUGCCGCUCGCCAGAGGGAGAGGACGGCAACGAGAUGGUGUUCUGUGACAAGUGCAACGUCUGCGUCCAUCAGGCGUGUUAUGGCAUCCUGAAGGUGCCCAGGGGAACUGGUUGUGUCGACCUGCGCCUGGGCGUUCAGCCCAAAUGUCUGCUCUGCCCCAAGAGGGGGGGGGCCCUCAAGCCCACCCGCAGUGGAACCAAGUGGG